AUGAAGAUUGAAUUUGCUCCUCGCUCACUCCCGCUGGAGCGGCGGCUUCAGACUGCUUCGGUUAUCCAGUGGGUCUUCAGCUUCUUGGGCCUAGUUCAGUGCUGCACCGUGCUCUUUAUCGCCCUCCUCUUCACCCGCUUCUGGCUGAUCAGUGCGCUUUAUGCCAUGUGGUGGGCCUUUGACUGGGAGACUCCAAGGAAAGGCGGGAGGAGAAGCCAGUGGAUCCGAAACUGGGUCACCUGGAGAUACAUGAGGAACUAUUUCCCCAUCACGCUGGUGAAGACGGCCGACUUGGACCCGUCCAAGAACUACAUCUUCGGCUUCCAUCCCCACGGGGUCUUGGUAGCGGGCGCUUUUGUCAAUUUCUGCACGGAAGCGACGGGAUUUUCCAGGCUCUUUCCAGGGAUGACUCCUUACAUGAUGAUGCUGAACCUCUGGUUCAGGGUGCCUUUCUUCCGGGACUACUUGAUGAGCGGAGGCUUAAUCCCUUCUGACAAGCAGUCCGCCUCUUACGUUCUAAGGAAGCCGGGGGGUGGAAACGUGCUCGUCAUCGCGGUGGGGGGAGCACAGGAAGCCCUGGACGCCCGGCCUGGAGCUUUUACGCUGCUGCUCCAGAACCGGAAGGGGUUCGUUCGGCUGGCCCUCCAGCAUGGGGCUCCACUGGUCCCCGUGUUUUCCUUUGGAGAGAAUGAGCUGUUCGACCAGGUGGAAAACCCCAAGGGCUCCUGGCUGAGGUGGACCCAGGAACGCCUGCAGAAGGUCAUGGGCAUCUCGCUGCCUCUCUUCCACGCCCGAGGAGUCUUCCAGUACAGCUUUGGGGUGCUUCCGUACCGACGGCCAAUCUACACUGUGGUUGGAAAGCCCAUCAAGGUCCAGCAGAAGCGCGACCCCAGCCAAGACGAGGUGGACGCCCUGCACGAGCGGUACAUGGAGGAACUGAGCAAACUCUUCGAAGAGCACAAGGCCGAGUACCAGGUUCCCGCAGACAAGCACCUCUCCUUCAUAUGA